GGCCCUGCUCAUCUCCCCUAUAAUCUCUGGCAUGGACACUCCAACAUAACCUAAAUUUUUUUUUUUAAUUGUUUGGGCACGCGUCGUUAUUUUCAUCUUGAAAAAUGGUGCGGAAGUUGAAGUAUCAUGAACAGAAACUACUUAAAAAAGUGGAUUUUAUAUCCUGGGAAGCAGACAAUAACUUACAUGAGGUGAAAAUUAUGAAGAAAUAUAGGAUACAGAAGAGGGAGGAUUACACAAAAUAUAACAAACUAGCACGUGAAAUCCGUGAACUAGGUUUAAAAAUUAAAGAUGUGGACCCCGAGCAUCCAUUUCGGAUUGAGAACAGUGCAACGCUGCUGGAGAAAUUAUACAUGAUGGGAUUAAUAGCGACAAAAUGGGAUUUAUCACAGUGUCAGAAAAUCACAGCUAGCAGCUUUUGUAGGAGACGACUGCCGGUGGUCAUGGUCAGGAAUAAGAUGAGUCAAAGUAUAAAAAUGGCCACACAGUUAAUCGAGCAGGGACACGUACGUGUGGGCACUGAGAUUGUUAAAGACCCUGCGUUUCUGGUUACUCGCAAUUUAGAGGACUUUGUGACAUGGAUGGACUCGUCAGCAAUUCGAAAACACGUUUUGGAGUAUAACAAUAUUCGGGACGAUUUCGAUCUGUAAAUAUCUAUCGCCGAGUUUUUGCAUUUGGACAUGUCAUGAAAUUGAACAUAGAACUUUUCUCAUUAAACACAAGCUAUUAUAGAAUUUA